CUCUACCUGGCAAGGUGGCGUGUGAUGGUGCACUAGCCCAAGCUGGCAACCCAUAUGGCGCUCGGACUCAGCUCCGGACUGUGCUCCGGGAGCUCCGGACCCGGUUCCGGGAAUCACUCGGAGACGUCGUCUUCGCCCGGCAUCAGCGUGCCCAUCCCCGUGGCGCCGGCGCCCCUCGUGCCCAAUCCCAUGUUCGCCCUACCGACACUCAACUUCACCGUGGCCCAGGUGGCCGCCGUCUGCGAGACCCUGGAGGAGAGCGGCGACAUCGAGCGGCUGGCGCGCUUCCUCUGGUCGCUCCCGGUGGCUCACCCCAACAUCGGCGAACUGAACAAAAAUGAGGCCGUGCUGAGGGCCCGUGCCAUCGUCUGCUUCCACAGCGGCAACUUCCGGGAGCUCUACUCCAUCCUCGAGUCCAACAAGUUCAGCAAAAGCUCGCACCACAAGCUGCAGGAGAUCUGGCAGCUGGCGCACUACCAGGAGGCGGAGAAGCUCCGAGGGAGGGCGCUGGGACCCGUGGAUAAGUAUCGAGUGCGGAAAAAGUUCCCGUGGCCGAGGACGAUUUGGGACGGUGAACAAAAAACGCACUGUUUUAAAGAAAGGACUAGGAGUUUGUUGCGGGAGUGGUAUCUCCAGGACCCGUAUCCAAACCCGACGAAGAAGAGGGAAUUGGCGCAAGCGACGGGACUGACGCCGACGCAAGUGGGGAACUGGUUCAAGAACCGGAGGCAGAGGGAUCGAGCGGCCGCCGCUAAGAAUAGAAUGCAGCAGCAGCAGCUCGCCGCGCAGUUGGCCCACCACGGCGGCAGUGGUCGUCAGCCGCCCCUUAGCCCCACGCCGUCUGACAGCGACUCGGACAUCUCCCUCGGAGCGCACUCACCCCCCAUUUCAUCCCCAGGUCCUAUGCGUUUCUCCAACUCUCCAACACCCAUAACCAGUUUUCGUUUCGGCCCUCAUUCCCCCGGCCCCAUGCCCCCCCAAUUCCGCUUCGGCAAUCACUCCCCGCCCGGCUUCCGUCAAGACCGCAAAUCGAGGAACUCGUCCCCAAUCAACGUCGACACCACAUCGAAUUACAAUAAUUCAGCUGUCAAUUUGAGAUUAACAUCGAACGAGUCGCCCAUCGACGUCGAUUCCACGCAGGAGAAGAGUCACAGCCCCAUAAGGGUGGACAGCUCGCCACCACCGAUGAAUUUGAGGAUACACAGUGAUAAUACGAAAAUUGAGACGCCACUGGCGCUGCGUCUGACGUCGAGUCAUCAGCUGACGACGCCUUUAAGAAUCCAAGUGGCGUCGCCGAACCGGAUGGCAGUGCCGCCGUCGCCGCCUCACACAAGCCUGCACCUGGGGACCCCCCAUGGAGGUAUAGUUAGAAUAGCACCGCCGAGUCCCUCCAAUCCCCCCGUGCUUCAUCGGCCUUUCUCGCCGCCGAGACUGACGUGAUAUAUACCGUACGAAUGGGAGGAGAAACUGUGAAUAUUUAAAAACUUUAUUCGGAUUUUUGCUGCAAUAUUUCAUUAUUUAUUGACACUUGCUUUUAACUAAAUUGUGUAUAUGAAGUAUACGUGUGCGAGCGAACUAAUUUAUGGACUCUAUCAAUUCUGUGUUCAGUGGCAAUUUGUAGAUUGUAUAUGGCAUUAACUAUAUUUCAAUUUAUAAUAGAUGAAUUUAGUCAAAAUGCACUGAACGAUGACUUUUUAAGUACCUAAUUCACCUUCUUGACAGUAAAUAUUGUAUUUUUCGGUCAUGAUUGAUGAGGUUCAGUGUUUCAGCAUUGUAUAGAAAAAGAAAAGGCAUGUUCGCAUAUUAUUUUUUUGUAGAUAUAUAUAUUUUAUUUUAAGGCGAUUUUAUUGAU